AUGGAUCCACAAACUCAAGAAAAGUACGCUAACAAUGGCAAGGUCAUUCUUGGCUCAGCCAUCCUUCUCUUCCUAAUAGUAAUAAUAAUCAUUUUCAUUCACACCUUCCGCCACUCAUGCUUCCGUCGCCGCCGCCAUCACCAUCACGGUGUUCGAACUGAUUCCUCCGUCGCGUUUAAAGAGGCUCUUCAACGAAACCUUCUCAACUCCCUCCCCACCUUCACUUACUCCUCCGACAUCCACCGUUCUCUCAAUGACUGCGCUGUUUGCUUGACGGAGUUUGUUAACGGCGAACAAGGCCGUAUUCUUCCGAAUUGUAACCACGCUUUCCACACCCAUUGCAUCGACACAUGGUUCCACUCUCACUCUAACUGUCCACUUUGCCGAACUCUGGUUCACCCACGCGCCGAACCGGUCCAACCUUAUCGGGUUGAACCGGGUCCGGUGGGUUUUUAUUCUUUUCCUGCACCGAUUGGGUGCCCGAGGAAGUCCUUGGAGAUGGGAGAAGUAAUAGUGGAGCUGGAAGUUGGGAGGCUCAGAGACUCGGAUUCGGAUUCAGGUCAUCGACCCGUUUGA